AUGGUCAAGGAACUAUCUGGAUUUUACAUUAAAGUGAGUCAAGUAUUUGCAACAAAACCAGACUUACUACCGAAACAGUAUGUUGAUUCCUUAAAGUUCGUAUUUGAAGAUUGCCGCGAAACCCAAUAUCGAAAAGUACAAAAAUUAUUGAAAUAUCAGUUGGGCAUUACUCUACAAACCACGUUUACUGAAUUUACCAAGCGACCAAUAGCUUCUGCCACAAUCGCACAAGUCCAUUUGGCACAACUACGAGAAUCUAAUGAAAAAGUGGCUGUGAAAAUUCAGCAUCCAGGUAGCUCGGAUUUAAUGCUCAGUGAUAUCAAAAAUAUGUUGCAUGUAUCUAUAUUCAUGGAUACUGUAGGUUUUAAACCUCCUUUCGACCAUACAGGGAUUCUAAGAGAAUAUGCUCAACAGGUUCCGAAAGAAUUCGAUUUUAUCAGAGAAAAUGAUAUGCUGAAUUCUAUCGGUAAUUAUAUAUCUCGCGUAGACUGUAAUAUUGAGAUACCAAGAUCUCAACCAUGCUUGUGUUCUAGAAAGGUUUUGACCAUGGGCUUUAUCGUUGGAGACAGAUGCGAUACUAUAUUUGCAGCUGCCGAGCCAAUCUUAGAUCAACAAGAAAUAUCUUCUGAAUUCUGUAGGAGUUUAUUUUCUUCUUACGGAUAUCAACUGUUUGGUAUUGGCAUUUUUCAUAGCGAUCCGCAUCCGGGGAAUGUAUUUCUGACGAAAAGUGGUGCCUGUGCUUUGCUAGAUUUUGGUCAGAUGAAAGUUCUUCGUGACGAAACUCAACUGCUUUUUGCCAGAAUGAUUAUUGCUCUAAAAGGAGACUCUGCCGAGUGCGUCAAGUUAAUGAAACAAAUUGGACUCAAACUUGACAAAACUACCACGGAUAUAGAGAUGAUUAUUGCCUAUUUACUUUUCGAUACUCGCAUGGAUAUUAGGGAAGCAAAAAUAUCUCCUCUUUCCUCAGAGCUACCACAAGAACUUCGUGUUGUCUCUCUUUCUGAAAUUGACUCUGACAUUUUCAUGAUAAUACGCAUUGUUUCAAUGUUUCGAGGUAUUCUAACAUCGCAGGGAGUUGAUGUGCACGCAAGAUCAAUCUGGUAUUCAUUUGCUCUCGCAGUUUUGUACCGAAACGGAGAGUAUUAUUUUCACUCAAGUCACGUUGACUUGUCACAGAAAGCGAAUGUUCUUCGGGAGCAAAUGAAGGAUCUUUCAAAAUGGAUGCGAAGUCAUGAUCUACCACAUAAUCGAGAUGCUCUCUUACCGUUUGCUAUGGCUGGAAUCUUUACUACGUCUGAGUUACGUAGAGUAAUACUUUCAGAGAAAACAUGCAAUCUCCCUGCGAUCUUUCGGAACUUUUCUGAAUCUGAUAUGGAGCGGUGCUUAUUGGUGGUUGGCAACAUGUAG